AUGUCAUUUAUAAAACCAGUAAGAAGAGUAUAUACACAAGAAGACCUAUCAAAAUGGAUAAAUUCAAAUACAUUUAAUGAAAUUUUAAAUUUCAUAUGUGAUUUACAAAAUUCAAUAUUAUCAAAAUCAAAUGAUUAUAAAGAACCACUAGAAGAUAAAACUGAACAAGAACUAGCUAAAGAAACAGAAAUAAUUGAUAAAUUAAUAAAAUUAUUUAAUGAAAUUGAAAAAAUUAUCGAAAAUCAUCCAAUAACUAACGAAAAUAAUCAAAAUAAUAAAUCAAGAUUUGGUAAAAUUGAAUUUCGAGAUUUUUAUAAUGAUUUAUCAAACAAUAUUGAAGCAUUAAUAUCACCAAUUUCAAAAAUUGGAAUAAUUGAAACAUCAACAUAUUUAUUAAAUUCAUUUGGUGAUCAAACCAGAAUAGAUUAUGGAUCAGGUCAUGAAUUAAAUUUUAUAUGUUUUUUAUAUUGUCUAAACAACCUUCAAAUAAUAAAUUCCACAAUGUAUACUUCAAUUAUACUAAAAAUUUUUACAAAAUAUAUGUCAAUAAUGAGAAUCUUACAAAAAAAAUAUUGGUUAGAACCAGCUGGAUCACAUGGUGUAUGGGGAUUAGAUGAUUAUCAUUUCUUACCUUUCUUAUUUGGAUCAUCUCAAUUAGUUAAUCACCCGUACCUAAAACCAAAAUCAAUUCAUAAUGAUGAAAUAAUUGAUCAAUUUCAUAUGCAAUAUAUUUAUUUUGAAUGUAUUUAUUUUUUAAAUCAAAUAAAAAUUACCAAUAAUUCAAAUGAAAAAUUAAGUUUAAGAUGGCAUUCACCAAUGUUAGAUGAUAUAUCAAGUGCUAAAAAUUGGAACAAAAUAAAAGAAGGUAUGAUUAAAAUGUAUAAAGUUGAAGUAUUAAGUAAAUUACCAAUAAUUCAACAUUUUUUAUUUGGUUCAAUUUUAAAAUGUCCUGAUGAUAUACCUGAAGUACAUAAUAAUAACAAUAACCAAAGUACAAGUGAUUGCGGUCAUGUACAUAAUGAAGUUAUAAAUACAUGGGGUGAUUGUUGUGGUAUAAAAAUUCCAAGUGCUAUUGCAGCAAGUGAGAGUUUAAAAUUACAAAAUCAAUCAAAUUAUAAACAAAUUCCUUUUGAUUAA